AUGGACUUUGUCCCUGGGACCGACUUGCAAGAAUUACUGCCAUCGCUCACAACAGCUGAGAAGACGACAUUUAGCGAGCGGAUUAAAGAGACGAUCAAUGAACUACGAACAAUACCGCCACCGGACAACUUGGGAAACUUGAAUGGCACACCUUACAUCGACGGUGUCCUUUCAACGCCAGAUAACAACCGAAUUAUUUCUGGGCCAUUCAAGGAUCAGGAACAGAUGAAUAAUGGAAUACUAGAAAGGCUGAGCCAAACACAGUCACCGCACUAUAUUCGUUUAUUGCGAGAAAUGGUCAACCGCACCCUUAAGAGCCAUCGAACUGUCUUUACCCAUGGAGAUCUGCAGCCAAAGAAUAUAGUUGUGGAGCGAGCAGGCACAGACUUCAAUUUACUCUUAUUGACUGGAAUCUGUCAUGCUGGUACCCUGAGUUUUGGGAAUUUUGCAAUUCAACAUUGUACUGUCAAAUGA